CUCUCCGAACAAAAAUCGGGUGGAACCUUCUAAAAAGCCUUAAAAAUCCAUCGCUGCGAGCACAAAGAGUCCUGCACACCACCCAGCAUGGACCUCGCAUUCACGCCCCUCACGCUGCCCUGCGGGCAGGUGCUCAAGAACCGCAUCGCAAAGGCCGCCAUGGAGGAGAACCUGGCGACGGCCUCGCAGAACCUUGUGCCAUCGCAGGAGCUCAUCCGCGUCUACCAGGCGUGGGCCGACGGCGGGAGCGGGCUCAUCAUCUCGGGCAACGUCAUGGUCGACUACCGCGCCGUGGGAGGGGCCGCGCCCGUCUCCACCAGCCGGGAGCUUGUGUCGGAGGUGCGAAAGGACAAGGCGGCCCUCGCUGCGUAUCGCGACUGGGCGUCCGCGGCCACGUCAAACGGCACGCAGUUCUGGCUCCAGCUCAACCACCCGGGGCGCCAGGCAUUUGGGCCCGCCAAGCCCCGGACGAUUGCGCCGUCGCCCGUGGCAGUCGACGUGGGCCGAAUGGGCAAGGCCUUCUUCAACGUGCCGCAGGAAAUGACAGAGGACGACAUCGAGGAUGUCAUUGCGCGCUUUGCUUACAGCGCGCGCUUUGCAGAGGAGAUUGGCGCGACGGGCGUGCAGAUCCACGGCGCCCACGGCUACCUCAUCAGCCAGUUCCUCUCCCCGCUGACGAACCAACGCAAAGACCGGUGGGGCGGGUCACUGGAGAACCGAGCGCGGUUCCUGUUUGAGAUUGUCAAGGCGAUCCGCGCCGCAGUCUCGCCGUCGUUUGCCGUGGCCCUCAAGAUCAACUCGGCCGACUUCCAGCGCGGCGGUUUCUCCCAGGACGACGCCGAGUGGGUCAUCACACAGCUCAACGGCAUUCGCGCAGACAACGGCGCAGGGCUCGACCUCGUGGAGAUCAGCGGCGGCAACUACGAGUCGCCGGCGAUGAGUGGUUCGCCAAAGGAGCGCAGCGGCAGUAGCAGCACCCAGAAGCGUGAGGCCUACUUUCUCGACUUUGCCCAGCGCAUUGCAGGCGUGGCGCAGAUGCCCAUCAUGGUGACGGGCGGCAUCAGCCGGCGGGACAUUGUCCAAAAGGUCGUCGCGCCCGCCCCGGGCCAGACGGCAGACUCGGUCAGGACCGUGGCAGGGAUGGGCACAGCGCUCGGGCUCAUGCCCGACCUGCCGAACCGUCUUGCGCGCGGCGAGGACCCGUGCCCGUCGCUCACGGCUGGCACGUCGUGGAUCCUGCCCUCGACGCUCGUGUCGCUCGCCAAGCUGCGCCAGAUCAGCCACUGCAUCUAUCUCAUCGGCCAGGGCAAGCGCCCGUCGCCGGGCGUGUCGCAGGUCUGGGCGCUCAUCGCCGACUGGCUCCGCGGCCGCAAGCAGCUCCAGGCAUACCGGGCGCUCGUCGUGCGGAUUAGCAGCAGCGCAGCGAGCCCAUGAGUGUCCCCGUGUGUCCCGUGCGCACGGGGGCUCGCUCACUAGCUCAGAAAGAGGGGCUACAUAGAAAGAGAGUGGCAGAGGGGCUACAUUAAAGUUCAGCAAAGAAUUCCAUAGUCUGCCUCCACACGCACGAAUACCAUUAAUUACAACGCAAGUGCAGACCGGGAUACAACGCU